AACCGCGUGUCAUUUUCAUCGAUGAUUUUUCCAAGAUAGAAUAACAACGCCAUGUCGUCUUCGCGCUGGCAUCAGAUACCCUCAAUCAGCCAUCCAAACGGAGAAAAAUACGCAAAGGCACUUUCAGCUGCUGGGAAUGCAAGUGCCGCAAGAUCCGAUGCGACCAGCCCCGCGUGUGUUUCGUGUCAGCAUCGCCAACUGCCAUGCGUCAGCCAGCAGUUUGUCGACGACGACAGUGGCUAUAGAAAAGUUGGACGGCGAAUUGACCAUGUUGAAGCUCUUGUUGGAGAGUUGAUCAAGCAAAGAUCCCGGUCCACAGCUGCCACAAUAAACGAUGGAAGUAUCUCACUUCCCUGGCAGCUAUCAACAGGCCACUCACGCAGCAGUUAUCUAUAUUCGAUUCUCCCUCGCCCACACGAUGCUGCUCUUCUUCUGAGUCGUGCCAAAUUCUGCAACAGACCAUUCCAGAUGUUUGUUUCGACUUCAUCGACCGACAGCGAGGCACUCCCACCACCAACCGCCCAUCCAGUCCAGUUUGCACGGUAAUGAAUCCAAAUCGCCCUCUGUUUGCAGCAGCUGGACUUUAAUCGAUCAAACGAGCCAGAGGUGCAUUCGAAUAAAUCGCUUCAUGACGCCCGUCACUACAUCAAUGCAGCCUCGCGCCACAUCACCUCACAGGACGGAAUGAUGGAAUCCCUCGAC